GAAAAGACUGCAGGAAUGGAUCUGCGUCAUUUUAUGCUUCUCUCUUAUUUCUUUCAACUUCUACAAUCUCCUCUUCUACUUGAGACUGGAGCAUAUGACCUCUGUUAUUGUUGGGAUAUGUGUUAUUACUGCUGACUUUCUAUCAGGCUUGGUGCACUGGGGAGCAGAUACCUGGGGAUCUGUGGAGCUGCCUAUAGUUGGAAAGGCUUUCAUCAGACCCUUUAGAGAACAUCACAUUGACCCCACAGCAAUUACCAGGCAUGAUUUCAUAGAGACUAAUGGAGACAACUGCAUGAUGACACUAGUCCCCUUGGCGAACAUGGCCUACAAAUUUGUUUCUCUUCCCCCAGAAGCACUGUACCAGUCCUGCCCUUGGGAGUGUUAUAUCUUUGCCCUGGUCAUCUUUAUAACCUUAACUAACCAGAUUCACAAAUGGUCUCACACCUACUUUGGUCUGCCUUGCUGGGUCAUCUUUCUGCAAGACUGGCAUAUCAUACUGCCACGGAAACACCACCGAAUCCACCAUGUGUCUCCCCAUGAGACUUAUUUCUGUAUUACCACUGGCUGGCUGAACUAUCCGUUGGAAAAGAUUGGCUUUUGGAGGUGCUUGGAGAACAUUAUCCAAGGAGUCACUGGAGAAAAGCCUAGAGCAGAUGACAUGCACUGGGCUCAGAAAAUGAAAUGACACUCUCGCCAGCCUUCUGCAGUCCUCAUCUUUGUUGCCAACUUUUUUAGAAAAAAAAGCCAUCAGCCAAAUUCAAGACUUGCAAAGAAAUAACAGACUCUAAAGCACAAACUAAAAAGUGCUAACAAAGACUGCAAUUAAAAAAAAAAAAAAAAAGACACACAAACUCAUCCUUAAAAGAAUACUUGAAAAGCAAAUGAUUAUUUGUACUGAGCACCUUUUUUUUUAUUUUAGCCAUGUCUGCUGAUUAUCUUAGAAAAUAUUUCGUCAUUGAGUCUCAUAAAAGCCGUCAGGCAAGCCAGAGAGGAAGACGAUGCACUGCCACUUGCAUUUUAAUAUCGGUGGCACAAUAAACGUGUUGUAUCAACAUUGUUUAACAUGUCAGAAGUAGCUUGUUGCCUAAGACCUAUCCGGGGAAUAGUUAAGGUACCUUGUCGCUGUGUUCUAGGUGGUUCCAUCCAAUAUACUGCAUGAAAACAGUGUGUUGGAGUAAUGGAAGUCCAUAAAAAAACAAACAAAACUGUUUUGAUGCAUUUAGUGGUUGGUAAAUCUAGCAUUUCCAUCUUCGCAAUCACGUUCAAUUGUAUUGAUGUGGUGUGGAACAGACUUUGAGAAGCUCGUUUUGCCAGUGGGCAAAGGAUCCUUAAGUGUUUUCAGUGUCCUUUAAAAAUAAAAUUGUUCUAACUUUUUAUGUGGAAUUGAGCAAACCAUUCUAUAUAAGCCUUCAACUUUACCUUAAUAGAUCUCUGAGAGGGAGGGCGUGCUAUUUGUAUAAACACACAAGCUUGCAUUAGUUCAUUUGACAGCCCUUCCACCAAGUGUUUCCUGCCCAGUAAUCGAUGGUUAAAAUAUAUCUAGCAAUGGGUACAUCUGCAAGUAGCUGUAUUCAGGAGCUAAAGAUAUCAAAUUUAUCUCUAGAAGGGAAAUGUUAAUGGGUGGGGGGCGUGGGUUUCUUGUUUUCUUCUUUCUUUCUUUUUUUUUUUUCCCUAGGUGCUUGCUUGUUUGUGUAAAUAAUAUAAAGCCUUAAUCUCUUUUGGUGUAAUCUGGAAUAAUAUUUUAACGUGAUGUUCUGAAUGUGUAUAUAUAUAUUUAUAACAAAGGAAUUGGAUAAUACUAAUCAUGUUUGUUAAA